UACUCACCAGCUGUAGCAGUUCUGGUAAUUUUCCAAGUAGAUUUUACCAUUCUCAUACAUUAUUGUGGAUUUCGAGGUCUUGCUCCAUACUUUAAUGAAUUCCCUGUUAUCCUAUAAUGUAACAAUAAUAAUGAAGAUUUUAAUAGUAAUUAAAGCAUUUAUUUAAAACAGUCAUCUACAGUGCCUAUCUAAAUGCAUGGUUUACCUGGAGGAUGAGACCUCUAAGGACCUCCAUAUUGAGCCUGAUCAGAGUCCCAGCAUCCCCGAUACCUCUACUCCUCCAGCUCAACAGCUCAAUGGCGUUUACGGCUCUUUUUCUCCGGUACGGCGCCAUCUAGCAGGGGUCACUUGUGACUUUCUACAAGAGGACUGUCUGGUGUAGCAUGCCAGGAGACAACAACCUGAGCUAACCUCCAAGAGCACAGGCGUCAGAGUCAGAGUAAAUGCAUACACUACGGAACUUCUCUGUAGCCAAAUUGGCUAAAGUUUUCAGCAGAUUGUCGUCAAGACCAAAGAGCACAGGAGGAAGACCUUCAGCUCCACUGGGUUCACGGAUUCUGACCAAUCCUGAUGACAUCUUUAAACACAACAUGUGGGAUCAUGUGCAAUGGACAGAAGAGGAUAAAGAAAACGCACAGCAGAAGGCAAAAGAAAAUUCCUGUGUACAAAUUCCUUUAGAGGAUCAAGGUACAUUUGACACAGAGGCUUGUCAAUACUGGGACAAGUUUUACGAGAUGCACCAGGAUAAAUUCUUUAAAGAUCGCAAGUGGCUGUUUUCAGAGUUCCCAGAACUGCUUCCUUCAGGUGCAAAAAGUCAAGCCACAAACGGGUGUCUGGGUGAUCAGCAAGAUUUAUAUCCACAACCUGCUGGAUCCAGCACAGACACCGAGACCAGACACCAGCAACACAACGGCUCCACACACCAUCACAGAAAGACAGACGCCUCCAAUCAUCAGACAGAGUCCUGUCAAGAAGCAGCACUUGAAAAACAUGAAGCUGCCUCACAGUCUGUUCCUUUCCCUGGCCAGCAUUCAUCGUUCAGGAUCUUGGAGGUUGGAUGUGGGGUGGGCAACAGUGUAUUUCCCAUCGUUAAUUCCAUAAAAGAAACGGACACAUUUUUAUACUGUUGUGACUUCUCCGCAUGCGCCGUACAGCUGGUCAAGGACCAUCCAGACUACGAUGACUCUGUGUGUCAUGCCUUUGUCCAUGACAUUUGUGAGGAGACGGCCUCCUUUCCCUUUCCUCCUCAGAGCCUGGAUGUUAUUCUCGCAGUCUUUGUGCUCUCCUCGAUUCAUCCGGAGCGAAUGCAAGGAAUUGUGAACAGACUGUCUACAUGCCUGAAACAUGGAGGCAUAUUCCUCUUUCGUGAUUAUGGGAGAUACGACUUCUCACAACUCAGGUUUAAGAAGGGACGGUGCUUAUCAGAGAAUUUCUAUACACGUGGAGAUGGAACCUGCGUGUACUUUUUCACUAAAGAAGAGGUUCAUGAUUUAUUUUCCAAUGCUGGACUGGAAGAAAUUCAGAAUUUGGAGGACAGAAGAAUCCAAGUGAACAGAGGAAAGAAAGUUGCAAUGCACCGGGUUUGGAUGCAGAGCAAGUACAGGAAAUUAUGUCCACCUCCAUCAUCUUAACAACCCACCAUGCACAGCAUAAUUUGGAUAUAUAGCUAUAUGCCUUUUUUUAUACUUUGUUGCUUAUUUAUUCAAAUCCCGGGAAAAACUUUUGAACCGAAUCAGUAUGUAAACGACAACAAAACUUUCUGCAAUAAAUAUUUUGUCAAACAAA